AUGCUGAACCAGUCAUGGCCAUUCUCCCUCCCACCGGGCAACGUGCCCGAUCCAUCCCCCGUGCCCGUCAACGCGACGGAGGCCUGCCCCGGCGCCCCUUUCUUGGGGUGGAUGUACAUGGCGCAGCCCAUCUACAUCGUGUUGAUCUGCGCAGUCGGGAUGGUGGGCAACGCCUUUGUGCUGUUGGUGCUGGUGCUGCACAGGGUCAGCUGCACGGUGGCCGAGAUCUACCUGGGAAACCUGGCGGCCGCCGACCUCCUCUUCGUUGGCUGCCUGCCCUUCUGGGCGGCCAACAUCGUCAACGGCUACAACUGGCCCUUCGGCGAGUUCCUGUGCAAGUCGGUGAGCGCGGUCAUCUACAUGAACCUGUUCUGUAGCGUCUACCUGCUGGCGAUGGUCAGCAUCGACCGUUACCUCGCCCUGGUGCACACGAUGACCAGCGGCCGGACUCGGUCGCCCGCCUGCGCCAAGAUGACCUGCCUGGCCAUCUGGGCGUUCGGGUUCCUCAUGAGCACGCCCGUCAUCCUCUUCAGGACGGUGAUGGCCAAACCCGAGUACAACAUCUCGGCCUGCUUGCUGAGGUACCCCAGCGAGGGCUGGUCACUGAACCUCGAGAUCCUGCUGCUCGUGUUCGCGUUCAUCGUCCCGGGCUCCAUCAUCACUUUCUGCAGCUGCCAAAUCCUCCAGGUGCUGAGAAACAACACCAUGCGCCAAUUCAUGCAGGUGCGGAAGGAGACCAAGUCCUCCAAGUUGGUCCUCCUGGUCCUCCUGAUGUUCUUCCUUUGUUGGCUGCCCUUCCACUUUUUCACCUUCCUCAGCAUCCUGCAGAAGCUCGGCCUGAUCCCGGGCUGCCGCUGGGAGGCUGUGCUGGAGAACGGGAACCAGAUCACCACGUUCCUGGGCUUCACCAACAACUGCAUCAACCCCUUACUGUACGUCAUAGUGGGCAAGCACUUCAGGAAGAAAGCCAAGGAGGUGUUCGAGAGGUCGGCAGCCAGGAAACGCCGCAAACUCAACCUGGCCAGCUCAGCGUCCAGCGCCAGGACCUCCAUCAUCACACUCCGCAACAGGGUCUAG